CCUGCUGCGGCAGAGCGGAGGAGCGGAGCAGAACUGGGGGAGUCCUCCUCCACAUGUUGCACGUUCGCCACACACUCACACCUGUCUCACCGUUUAUGACAUGAAAUGGACGGAGCCGUUGCUGGGGAGAACGGAACCAGCCCAGGUGUGACACCGCUGCCCGAAAGAUGCGCGUUUGGCACGGACUAACGUAGUAGAGUGUCUGGCAACCUCGACUGUUGACGUCCGGCUGUGACAGCUUUGAGGGGAGAAGACGCCUGGCACGGAGGGAAAUUCGCCAAAAUUACGAGGGGAAUCAAGUACAACUGUCUGUCUCCCGGAAACCGGAGAGACCAGCGGCCGCUCGUCAUGUCGCGAGCCAAGCUGAAAGGCGGGAAGGAGACCAAGGACAGCGUCACACUGCUGCCGUGCUUUUAUUUUGUUGAGCUCCCCAUCCUUGCCUCGUCCGUUGUCAGUCUGUACUUGUUGGAGCUGACGGAUAUUUUCCAGCCGGUGCAUUCUGGCUACAGUUGCAAUGACCGCAGCCUGUCUCUCCCCUACAUCCUCCCCAGGCAGGAGGUCUGUCCUCUGCCUCUGCUCUUCAGCUUGGCCUUCGCUGCUCCCACUGUAACCAUUCUGAUCGGAGAGGCCAUCCUGUACUGCUAUCUCUCGCGGAGGUCAUCGGGCAUCCAGUCUGAGGCCAACAUCAACGCUGCAGGCUGCAAUUUCAACUCCUACAUACGCCGGGCUGUUCGCUUCAUAGGCGUCCAUAUCUUCGGCCUGUGUGUGACCGCACUGAUCACCGACAUCCUGCAGCUGUCCACUGGUCUGCACACGCCUUUCUGGCUUGACGUCUGCAAACCUAACCUCACGCAUCUCAACAUGACCAGUUGUGAUGAAGCUUUUAUUCUGGAGGACAUCUGCUCUGGACAAGACCACAGUCUCAUCACUGCUGGCAGGAAGUCCUUCCCCUCCCAACAUGCAACUCUGGCUGCUUUUGCUGCUGUUUACAUCUCAAUGUACUUCAACACGGUGCUGACGGACUCGGCCAAGCUGCUGAAGCCGCUGCUGGUCUUUUCCUUCAUCAUGCUGGCCAUCCUGGCCGGUCUGACCCGCAUCAUUCAGUUCAGGAACCACCCGGUGGACGUGUACUGUGGAUGGCUGCUGGGAGCCGCCAUCGCCAUUUACCUGGGAGUGUAUGCUGUGGGGAAUUUCCAGCCCAGUGACGAUCGCUCCCGAUAUUUUCCUCCUCCUCCCCCCAUCCUCAGAGAGCCCCCUCUCUCCUCCCUCCCCAAUGUCAGCCAGUCAACAAUCAGCAACAGCCAUCCAGGUCACCACAUCCUGGCUCCCAGCCAACCAGAGCCCAUCCUGACCAGGACCUCCUCCCACACUUUGUCGCCCAACCAAGGAGAGCCCAUCCUGACCCGCAGCGCGUCCUACAGAGAGCCAUCGAUGAGCGCCAUGAAGCGAGCCAGUGCAGAGGUGGAGGUCAUCACUCCCACCAGUCCGCUGGACAACCGUGACAACAUGAUGACGUUCAGCAGCAGCACACUCCCCAGGUCUCACGGCGGUUCUUCUCUGGAAGAGGGUCGAGUGUCACGCCGACACACCUCCAUCCAUGCCUCCAUGGAUUCCACUCGAUCCAAGCAGCUCCUCAGCCAGUGGAAGAACAAGAACGACAACAGGAAGCUCUCGCUGCAGGUGAUGGAUGGGAUCAGGCCCACCUCCGCCUCGUCCCCUCAGAGGAACCCGGAGCUGCGCUGCGCUUCAGAACCCCCCUCCAUGAGCAUGGAGGUGGAGUACAGAGGCUCUCACCUUCCGUCGCAGUCCAACCAGGACACGGAGCUGUACGCAGGCGCCCACAUUCCCGCUCAGUACAUGAAGCUAGCGGCGAGCUGCGUGUCUGUGUCCAACCAUAAUCACAUGGCACAUCCCAACGGCAGCGCGGGAUUGGCCGGCGGGGCCCGGGUCUGCAUUCAGCCCCGGCCUGGAUCCUCACAGCUGGUUCACAUACCUGAAGAGGAAAACACGCCGUCCAGAGACCAAGAAAGCGAGUCAGAGGACAGCAUCAUGGACGGGGGCGGGUCUGUGAGAGAGAAGUGGCUGAGGGUGGCGGAGAAGACCACGCUGCCGUGCCGACCCCUGAGUGCAGGUGGACAACCUCGACUGAUGCAGGUGAUCGCUUUGUCCAAACAACAGGGUCUUCUCCACUCCCCUCGCUCGGAAGAUGGCGGCAGCACUGUGAGCUGCACGGGCUCCAUCAGGUACCGAGCCUUAAUGGACCAGGACCCGUCACCGCCUGCCUCCACCACAGGAGCAGUCGGGGGAGGAGGAGGUGGUCUGGAGAGAAGCGGGAGUAUCAUCCGGGUUGAAGCCCAUCCUGAGUCCAAGCCCGGCAAGCCCGUCGUGAAGCCUCCAAGCACUGACGGCAGCGGCUCCUGGCGAUGGAAGCCGCCGGAACAGCGGGCGUCUUUCAGGCAGUCGGCUUUUAACCUCAAUGACCUAAACAGACACACGGAUGGGAGCGACUCCUCGAGGGACGGGCCUCCUGCUGAUGGACGCAGGAGUGUGAUGGGGAUAGAGACAGAGAGUGAUGGUGGGGGGGAGGGAGGAGGCGGAAUGGGAGGCGGAAUGGGAGGCGGCGGUGGUGGCGGCGUACACUUCAACCACCUGCACCACCCCUUGCAUCAGUACUACCCCAACAACCCGAACAUGCAGCACGUGAACUACAUCCCAAAUAACCCCAAUUUCAACAACGUGCCCCACAACUACAACCCAACCUCCCCCAACCCCAACGUGCCCAUGACGCCCACUCCCAUCUUCCCUCCUCCGUUCCACCCCCACCCUCAAGCUCUCACCACCAUCAGGGUCACGCCCGUGGAUACGGCGGCGGCCAGCAGCGACGGCGGCUCAGACAGCCAGUCAGCCGCCUCGUCCAGCUGCGAGUCCACCCUGAGGAGGAAGAACAGCAGCAGCGUCCCGUCCGAGCGGGGCCCCACCCCGGACCUGCACAACAACCACCGCCACUACGACGACAACAACCGCUUCGACCAGGUCAGCAGCAACCAACGCUUCCAGGAGAAUCUGCAGAAUUUUCAAGAGCAGGCCAUGCACGCCGCGCACCCCAGGCAGGUGAUGUUCGGCCGGCCGAGCCCGACGCCCCCGCCCACACUGCCCCGCCCCAUUCUUACGCACACCCCGCCACCGACGUUGGGGUUGGCCUAUAAGGAAUGACCCUGUCGUGCGUACAACAAACAGGGUCGGACAUUUUGUUUCUGUGAAUCUAAAAAAGAAAAGGCAGGCUGUUUCUGAUGAGCGGUUGUUUCUGGCACUGCUGGGUCCCUGUGGAGGUGACCGCCAUGUCCGAGAAGUCAGAGAAUCUUCACAGAUGCUUCUCCCCUGAUCCUGGAUCAGAGGCUGCCUCGGCUCCAGAUUCUCACCCGAUCCUCCUUUUAUUCAUUUAGAGAUUCUAUCACAUCCAAAUGCCUUUUCAGACGUGCGUCCAGAGCGACGCGCGUGUCCUGACCGCCCUGCCACCGAACACCUUACAGCUCAAAGAACUCCAGCAUUUAGCGUCAUAACCGUGCCGUGUCUGUGGACUCAAAACUCAACAGGCUCAUCCUCUGCUACUUGUGGUGUUGGAGCAGUGAAACAGAAUAUGACAGCAGUGUCCUGUAAGUAUUUGUGCUGAAUAAUAACAAUAUUUAUCACGUAUAUUGUCACUGUCAAUAUGGUAUAUCGAGUUUUGUACCACUGUUUUUAAUAGCGUUCUUUAUAUGAGCGACCUGGACUGAGUAGAGACGCUCAGUGUUGACCACUGACGGUAGUUAGAUUCCAGCGACACAAUAGGUCUUACAAGGUGUGAGACGUUUUCUAUAACUAUUUUAAACAUUUUACGUGUUUCAUUGAGGGGUAACAUUUGAUACAAGAGGGAAGAGACAUGAAGGUUAAGAGCCUUGGUAAUCUGGAAUAUGAGUGAGCAGGGGUUUGCGUCUCAUUUGCCAGUAUUUAACUUUGACUCUGUCGGUGAGUUGGAUGCAUGCGAGUACGAAAGAAGAGACGGCCCUGUCUCUCCAUUACCAGAUUAGAUCACCCACUUUUGAAUUCAGAUUAGUUCCUUCAGUUGCCAGUCAGUCAUGAAUGAUUUAAGCCACCAUUUAAGUGCCGUCGAUCAUUGCUGAUAAACAAUAUUAUUGUCAAUAUUUCUAGACUAAAGUAACCUUAAGAUUUAAUGAUAAAAUAUCAGUAACACAGCACACUCCUUAAAUGUAAUUCUUUCAUUUUUUGUCAGUAUUUUUAGUUAACAAAAUGAUCUUUCAAAAUAAUAUUAAACUACAAAAAAAAAAAAAAAGCUUUCAUAGUUCUGUCAAAAUACAAGCUAGCUUGUCCCCGAUUCAGAUUUCUGUGUUGUGUGAUGGUAGUUGUAGCCGAUACCAAAACAGACAAGAUUUCAGAAAAACAUUUCAUUUGAAAAUUCAUUUGUAAUUCCACAUUAAAAUAUUUUUUCAAUCCAGUACUUUUACAAGUGAGACCCCUGCUGGUAGGAAGCAGCACGAUGAAUGUUUUGUUAGCACUUACAAAAAAGCCCAAAACAGCAAAGGCACAAGGGCAGCAACAAAAUUUUAGUAAAUACUAGAACUUAAAUAUGAGCUGUAUUCUUUGUUAAAAAGAACUUUUUAACGCCUAUGUACUGUUGGCCGCUGGGCAGGUGUGGAAGUAGUGAUGGGGAGAUGCGGUGUCAUGAAACAGUAUUGCAGGGUUGGUGAAACAGUGUCCUAAUUUCACUAGAUGGCGCUUUUGGUUCAGAAAUGCAGGAGGUUUCAGUGAAUUGGUUGUUCAAGUUCAAACAUUUUACAGCAGACAGCACCAUCUGGUGGCCGCUGAACAUCAGGACAAUGUUUCAUGAAACCUCAUCUGCCCAUCACUAGAACCAAAUGGCUUUAAGGGCUUCAACUGUCACAUGUUGGAUAAACAACGGACUGAAAGGAGAAACAGGAUGUAUGGAUUAAUCUAAGUUUGUAGGUAUUUUUCUACCCUGAUUCGUAUCCUAUAAUAUUCAAAGAUUUAUGGUGUAUGUAUCUCAACAUGUUACGUGCAAUUUUUAAGUUUGUAACCGAUUAAUUCUGAGGUGUAAAGUUACUCCCUGCAUUUACAGUUAUGUAUCCUGAAUAUUUAUAUUAUUUCUGUCAAAAAUCCAGCUUCUUUUUGAGGAACAGCGAACGUUUUCAGUGGGCUGAGUGGACAUCGAGCAUCGCUUUGUAUAUGACACCGCGGAGAGUUGGACUGAGUGGCUGGAGGAGGCUGCGGCGACGGUGGGAUUGAGGGGAGCCGGCGCGUCAGCGAAUCACGUGACUGCUUCCCGAAGUCCCCACACGUCGCUCAGACUCAGGUGCGUGUGUGUGCGCGCUUCUCGUGUCGUCACGCGAACAUGGCUGCCGCUGCUGCUAACAUUUGUUACGAUGUUUACACUUUUGAUAUCCCACUGUUACCUGCUGCUGUGUAUCGACAAUAUUCUAUUUCAGCGUAACUGAUGCUUUUUUUUAUUAUUAUCGGGACUUUUAUCAUUUGCAUGAUUGGUUGUGUUUUAAUAAUUUCGUUAAUAAAGAAGGGGCUGAGAGUG